GAGAAGGGGAGAUGGCGGUGUCGAUAUAAGAUGCUGGUUUAAAGGAAGGCUAAUCCUUAUCCAAUGUAAAAAUUGGACCAAUAACAUAGGACCAGAGACCAUUAGAUCCUUGAGAGGGGUUACAUGUACGGAAAAACGCGGUACUAUAGGUAUUGUUAUUGGGAUUAAUUUUACAACAGGUGCUAUAAGGGAGGCGGAAAAAUCAAAAAUUCGUCCUAUUCUUUUAACAACCAAAGACCGCUAUGAUGUAAAAAUUACAAAAUUAUAA